GUCGUGAGCAGCAUUCACGUCACCGGAUUCAUCGCAUUUUGAAGGUGUUGUUAGUUUCAUUUUAUUUUAUUUUGUUUCCGGACCAGGUUCCGAUUGUGGCACUCCGUUCAUGUGAUCGAUCAUUCAGAGCUCCAGUAACAUCAUCGUCAACCGAGGCGGGUGCAGAUCACAAGGCUACGAGUUUGACUCGGGACUUUCUUGCAAUUAGGGUUUUAUUUCUUCAGGCACCGAGGAAACAGAUUGCAGCAGCGAGGUGAGCGGGCCAUGGCGUUUAAGUUGGGGUCUUUGAACCUCAACGCAGUAGCUCAGGGAGUGGGCGGGCUGGUGUUUGGAACCAACAAUUAUGGUCGUGAUGAAGAUGAUGGGGGAGUGGAGGAACUUUUGGAGCGGAUUAGCAAUGGCAAGCUUGCUGACGAUCGACGCAAUGCCAUGCAAGAAUUGGAGGCCGCCGUAGCAGAAAAUCGAGCCGCAAAGCUUGCAUUUGGAGCAAUGGGGUUUCCUAUUCUUAUGGAAGUUUUCAGGGAGGAUCGUGAAGACUUAGAAUUGGUGAGGGGGGCACUGGAGACUCUUCUUCAUGCGACAACAACAGAAGAUAUAGGGCAAGAGGAGCCUGGCCAAGUUCAACCGGGCAUUGUGAAUUCGGAAUUAUUUGCACGAGAAUCUGCCAGUAUCGCACUUGUGUUGAGCCUUCUGGAUGAACCAGACUUUUAUGUGCGGUAUCACACACUGCAAAUUUUAACCGCCCUGCUUACGAAUUGCCCUGAGAGGCUGCAGGAUCUUAUACUCUCUAUACCCCAGGGUAUCACUCGGUUGAUGGACAUGCUUGCUGAGCGUGAGGUUAUACGCAAUGAAGCAUUAAUUGUGCUGGCAUAUCUCACACGAUCGGCUGAGGAAAUUCAGAAAAUAGUUGUAUUUGAAGGUGCUUUGGAUCGCCUAUUCAACAUAAUCAGAGAGGAAGGAGGCUCAGAAGGAGGUAUCAUCGUGCAGGACUGUUUGGAGCUGCUCAACAAUCUUUUGCGCAAUAAUCCGUCCAACCAGAUUUUCUUAAGAGAAACUUUAGGGUUACAAUGCGUUGCUCAGCUUCUAAAGUUGCGAAAAGGCAGUGCUGAUGGCUUCACGCAGCAGAAGUCAAUUAAUCUGUUAUGUGCACUGGAGACCGUUGCGCUUUUACUUUCUGGCGGUCCUGAUGCAAAACCAGGGAAAGAUGCAAAUAUUGUUGCAAAUCAAACGCUGCUGGCACAGAACAAGCUGCUGGAUAUUCUUCUCGCUCUCUCUGUGGAAGGGCGAGUAUCAGCCGUUGCCAUCCGCUGCUCGGCCUUAAGAUGCAUAGGUGAUUUGGUAGUGGGACAUCCUGCGAAUCAGGUUCUUCUUGGAAGCAAAAUGAUUGGAGAGGAGCCUGAUGCGGAGCCAGCCUUACAUUGUGUUUUGAGAUCUUUGUUAAAAGCUACAAAUUUAAGCGAGUGUAUUGCAGCUGAGUAUGUCGUAAAGUGUUACUGUGAGGGGAAUUCAGAUGGGCAGACUAUGCUCGCAUCCACCAUUACCCCUCUUCCCCAGUCUAUUGCUCAAGGGAAUGAUCGAUUGGUUGAUGAUGAAAUUCGCCCCUCGUUUGGGAGUAUGCUUGUGGGGGCUCUUAUCUCCAGUGAUGGACGAAACGAUUUAGAGGCAAGCUGUAGGGCAGCAAGUGUGUUGUCACAUAUUUUGAAGAACAACGUCCAGUGUAAAGAGCGGGUGUUGAAGAUUCCGCUUAAGAUCCCUUCUUCCUCCGCUUCCCCUCCAGAACUUCUGAUGCCUUGUUGCAUGAAAUACCUCGCAGCCGCAUCACCUACUAAGUCUCCUAACAAUCCUGAGACUAUCUGGCUACAGCCUGUGUUUCUAAGGUUGCUGGUCACGUGGGUCGCUGAAUGUCCACCGGCUGUAACUGCUCUUUUCGAGCAACCAGCCCAUCUCCCAUUCUUGAUCGAGCUGCUUGGAAGCACUGGAUCGCCUGCCAGUGUACAUGUGGCAGGCCUUGCAGCUGUUCUUCUAGGCACGUGCAUAAUCUUCAACUCAGAGGAAAAUUCCACAGACUCUUCUGCGGUUGUAGACCUUAUCAGCCAGAAAGUUGGUCUUACAAAUUUCUUUGCUAAGUGGGAGGACAUGGAAAAGAGCUCGCUCUUCGCUUCUGCUCUGUCAUCGUCUAGACUUCCCCAGGCUUUAACAAGAUCUACGGCUGCAGCUGCUGCAGCAGGAGAUGGAAUGGUUUCUGUCCCCUUUGAUCAGCAGCAGCAGGUCCAGAUGUAUGGUGGAAGUGACAAGGAGCCUCUGGUUACUACAUUUUAUGAUGCUGAGUUUGUUACGUUCCUGAAGCAACUAGAGCCACUCAUAAAGGAGAGGGUAGUGGAUUUAUUUUCACGCCCUAAGGCCCGUGUCGUUGUGGAUUUCAAGGGGUUCGAGCAAAAGAAAGGGGAGAGUGACUCUGAAUAUAUGCAUCGCUUAAAGUCGUUGUUGCAGGCACAAGCACAGGAGCUGCAGGAACUUCUCGAGAGGAAUUCGGCUAUCACAAGCGAUCUUCUAUUACACUCUAAGGGGGAUGGGUCGUCACAAUUUGAGGAUGGUUGCGCCAUUGCGUCUGUUAUUCGAGGAAGGAAUGGAACAUCAGCAAACAGGGCUGAAGUGGAGACCCUAAAGCAACAACUUGAAGUUGCUCAACAGUGGGCUGACGCAGUUCGCGACGAGAAGAACGAAAUUGAAAAGGAGUAUGCUCAAUUCAGACAAAUGGCUGCGGAGAAGGAAAAUGAUUUUAAAGGCCUGUCUGAUGCGUAUAAUGCUCUCGAACAGGAGAAUUCUCGUCUUGAAGACGACAACAUUACUUUAAGAAAAGCUUUGGAAGGUGGUGGCGUGGUUCCUGCGUCGCUUUCCUCGAAGGAGCUUGAGGACGAGCUGAAUGAAUUGCUAGUAUGUCUCGGUCAAGAAGAAACCAAAGUAGAGAGGUUAAGCGCCCGGUUACGAGAACUUGGCGAAGAUGUUGACAAACUUCUCGACGGUAUAGGGGACCAGGAUGGGGAGGCAGAUGCCGAAGACGAUGAUGAGGACGAAGAUGAUAACUAAUCUAACUAUUUGCAUCGAUGCUCAUGUAAAGUAGAUGCAAAAUGUAAUGUGCCAUCUUUGAGUGUUCAUGAUUACCGAUUUGGAAAUUUAGCCUGUGAAUAUCAGAAGAAUCUCCCACAUUUGGGGUGUUGGUGAUUAAUUGGAGUCAACCAUCGGCCUACAUGUGGGGUGAGGCACAUUGUACUUCUGUUUUUACAUGUUCUUUUCAAGUUUCAAUAAUUAUUUGUACAGUAUGUGGUAUAACA